AUGGCUCGACCGCGAGAAGGCUCUGUUUCCUCUACCUCCGACUCAGAGCCUGAGGAUGAGGGCCUGAUAGGGUUUUUCGAGGGAAUCACCCAAUCGUGUGUCGAUGCCAACUUUUCAGACGGAGAUGAAUCGACUUCUGCUUCGGCAUAUAUAUCCUGGCGGAUGCCCUCAAAUGAGUUUAUCGAGGGACAAGCUCUGAAGCUCCAGAUAUCAUCUCGAUGCCGCAUCUGCAACCGCCGAGGUCGAGCUGGAGAGCUUGCCUUCUGCACCGGAUGUGGCAAUUCCAAGCGACCAGCACACAGAGCAUGUCUAGCGAGGGAUCGACAACACGUUAUGAGUCCUCGGCGAAGACUUAGUGUCGGCGACGAAGAGUGCAAAGAGGUUGAUUACAGCGACUACGUUUUCACUCGAUACCUCCUGCAACCACCUGCGCCCAAUCUAAAACUACAAUUACAUACCAAGGAUGCCACGUGUGCAUGGAUCGGAGUUCCCUCCCUACAACGGUUUGAAAAACCACAGAUCCACGUUUGGCCUCGUCUUCAAGAUCUUCUCCAAAUGUCGCGAAACACCAAGCCGGGCCAGUAUCCCAAGCUUGUCUCGUUUAUUGGCGAGACAGGCUCGGGAAAGAGCACUCUGAUACGAACGAUGAUCCAAAUGGCUCGACCCGACCACCCCGAGGGAGAGUCUGUCCCUGUGCCUGGGUCUCCAAGUGAUCGUUUUGCAUCCACGAGUAGUGAUAUCCACGCCUACAGUGAUCCCCUCACCCUCUCGACAAUGUAUCCAAUAGUCUAUGCCGACUGUGAAGGCUUUGUCGGCUCCGACAAGCCCAUUGCACAAGAGAUCAUUGCUGCUCUUUCUGAACCAAAUUGGCUAUUCCAGUGGGAAUUUGGUGAGGAAUCAGCCGAGCACAAAGUGAACCAAUUCUUAAACGGUGCCGAGAGCAGAAUCAAUGUUGAAUGGGGCAAAUUGGACUACCCAGAUCCACGAGCCUCAGUUAUCAUGGAAGACUCGGAUGGGCGAAGACUGUGCACUGUCCAGAACAACACCCGAAAGCUCAUCGUGAAGUAUCUGUACCCGAGAGUCCUCUAUGGCUUUUCGGACGUAGUUUGUUUUGUCACGACGAAUGGAAGGACUUCUGAUAGUUUCUUGGGUCAGCUAAUUGACUGGGCUCAACAUUCACACGACCGAAUUCUCAACCAACGGACAAAACCUGCUCUUAUUGUCAUUCUCAAUAUCGUUGUUGAUUUAGACGAGGGCUCAUCCUCUGAUGCGACUGAGGACCUCCUUCGGAGUUUCCAGAGAACUGAACGGUUUCGAACGCUACAGGCUCUGUGGGAAGAGAGAGAACAUCCAAUCAGAAACACUUCUGAUCUACUCCUUUGUUACUACAGCGACUUCAAAGUAGUCCUCAUCCCUGCCAUAAGUUCCAAGAGUUCCCCAGCCGAUGCGACCUCUGUUGGCAAGAGCAUUAGACAGCUAUACGAGACAAUUCGAGGAUCAGUUUCCAAGAUCCGCAACGCCAAGGCUGACAGUGGUAGAGAAUCAGACUUGGCUACUCUCAACACCCACAUGAACAGAUCUUUGAGUGUUCUAGGACAGGACCUUCGCGCCGCGCUUGAUCUUCACGAUAUCAUAAUGAAUGAUUCAUCAAUCCCGACUAGAUUGAGCGACCACGUGGCAUCCACCCUACGCCAGAUGUGUAUCUUGCGUGAAAUUGACCGCAUGGAUGCGAUUGGAGGCGAAGAAAGAGUUGUAGACGAAUUCGCGCCCUACGUCGGCGCAUGUAUUGUAGCCCAAACCUGUCGUAUUCGAGACAUUGAAAUAAGAAAGAGAAAAAGAGAAGACCUAGUGACCGAAGCUCAAAGUGGUCUUCAGAAAUUCCGCUGGCGAUACUGGCGAUGCGAAGCCCUAGAGCGAAAAACUGGUCGAAGAUGUCGAAAUUAUUACGAUGGACACUCCAAGGGACACCAAUUUACCGGACCCGAGGACGAAUUAGAGGACGUGAAGGGUCUCAAUCGAAGGGGAGGUGAAUCAAACCACAGAUGUUCCUGGCAUCCUGAUCGGUUUGUGAAGCGUCUGCGGGAAGCGAUAGCACAAAAUCAGCAAGAUGGCAGAGUCAUGGAAAGGCUAACUUACUUGGCAAGAACGAUACGGCUGACAGAACUGCAGAGCCAGAGGACGUGCUUCUCUUGUCUGUCCAACUGUCCAACUAACAUGCUUCCAUGUGCGAGGUUUCAGCAUGGAAUUUGUCAGACCUGUCUUGAACGUUUUGCUCGGCAGGAGAAUGGUGGAUCUAUCUUGGUGAUUGAGCAUUGCCCCCUUGGAUGUGCUCUGAGAACUGGAACAUGGAGCAUUCGAAUCAAGCCAAAGCAUGCAGCGCCUCGCGUGUUGUCUCUGGAUGGUGGAGGAGUCCGUGGUAUUGUAGAACUUUGUGUUUUGCGUCAGAUCGAAAGACACGUUGGCUAUGGUAUCGCAAUCCAUGAGCUGUUCGAUCUUGUAGUAGGAACAAGUACAGGUGGCAUCGUGGCCCUUGGUGUAUUCCACCAGCGUUGGUCAACGGACGAUGCCAUCGAUAGGUUCCGGGCACUGGCAAGAAGAGCUUUUACACUUCGAUUGGGACUCGGAAACUCUUUUAUCAAAGCCCUUGCGCAGCCAUUCUAUGAGUUUCUCUAUACCAGUGAGGGCAUAGAACAGUCACUACAAGAGUCGUUUGGGGGCUCAAAUCUGUUCGGCGCAUCUUUGAAUCAGAGAAACAACUCUAGGUUAGGGACUGGAGGGAGGGAUUGGGUAAAGGUUGGCGUUGUUUCUUGUUUGCAAGGACGGAACCAGGCAAAGUUGAUUGCCAAUUAUUCCAGAAACCCAAGAGCAGACACUGAUGAAGAAGACUACUUUUCGCGUGAAGAUGAACAGUCAAAGGAUUUCAAAAUUUGGGAAGCGGCGAGAGCAACAUCUGCAGCACCGACAUUUUUCCAGCCCUUCGUCCACCCCGAAACAAAACGAUCAUACAUCGAUGGAGCUCUUAUGCACAACAAUCCAGUAUCUUUAGCCUAUUCUGAAGUUGAGAAAAUCUGGCCUGGUUCCCUUCCUCCUGACAUUAUUUUAUCGAUUGGCACAGGAAUAGUCGUGGACAAGUCAGGAAAGAUGAAGACAAAACACAACUCCAAACUGGAAUCUUUCAAGAGGUACAUUCCUAAGGGCUACCUGAUGCGGGUAGAGGCUGGACUCGGAAUCAUUCAAAGCUCAACUAGCUGCCACGAGGCUUGGAAAGAGUUCAGAAGUAUGUCUGUUACAGACCGCCGACUUAGACAUAACUGCCAUCGCCUCAAUAUAGGCUUGAAACAGCGCGUCGAGAUGGAUGAUGUUGAGAAAAUGGAUUCCCUUCUUGAGGAAUGUGAGAAAUACCUUUGCGAUGGUACGAAGAUGUUCUAUUACGACAGAGCAUACAGAACAGCCCCCGAACACCUUCAAACAGUAGCAAGACGACUCUUGGCAUCCCUGUUCUACUACGUCGGGCCUCUGGAGAGGACUAUGAAGGGAGGAAAAUGUGCUGGGAAGAUAUUUUGCAGAUUGGAGGCAGGUUCUGCGUCUGCAAAGGAACUAUUACGAGACCAUGUACGAUUCCGGCUCGGUCAAAUUCCGGAAAAUAGUACCAAGGCAGUAUAUCCUCGCAUCCUUCGUCAUCGGGAUAGUAAAGGCUGGGAUGCAAGGGAUCUUUCAGCUCUUGUGGUUCUAAAGGUGGAAGAGGGGACGUUUAAGCGAUGGAUCGAGGUAAAUCUGCCUCAUUGGAGGGAUGAAUGGGAGCCCAUCUCUGGAUUCCAGCUUCAGAGGCGCACCAAUGCGUGA